GAAAAACACAUUGCAGCACCAAAUCUCUCAGCUCUGAAUCUCAUCGCGGCGCAUCGUGAUACACCAGCAAUAGCUCCAAAAAGAAAUCUUAAAAAUACAACAUGGAGUCCUCUCCAGAUCCAGCGAGCGACCCGGGCAACGGCGUCUCAGAGUCGGUUACCCCGGUCAGGGAAACCCCGGUAAACCUGGAGACUCUCCGCAAAGCUGAACACCAAGCCCCGGUGCGCAGGCAGAGCUGCUCCAGUACCAACAGAGGUAUUUCAGUAACAAAGAAGACACACACUUCUCAAAUCGAAAUAAUUCCCUGCAAGAUCUGUGGAGACAAAUCAUCAGGCAUUCAUUAUGGCGUGAUAACGUGCGAGGGCUGCAAGGGUUUCUUCAGGAGGAGUCAGCAGAGCAAUGCGGCGUACUCGUGCCCGCGUCAGAAGAAUUGCCUGAUUGACCGCACCAGCCGGAACCGCUGCCAGCACUGCAGACUGCAGAAGUGUCUGGCCGUGGGCAUGUCACGUGAUGCUGUGAAGUUCGGCCGCAUGUCGAAGAAACAGCGGGACAGCCUGUAUGCAGAGGUGCAGAAACAUCGACUCCAACAGCAACAGCGGGACCACCAGCAGCAGCCCGGAGAAGCCGAGCCCUUAACCCCAACUUACGGCCUCUCCACUAAUGGCCUGACUGAGCUACACGACGACAUGAGCGGCUACAUGAACGGCCACACGCCCGAUGGCACCAAGCCCAACUCAGGCGUCAGCAGCUUCUACCUGGACAUCCAACCCUCACCUGACCAGUCCGGCUUGGACAUCAACGGCAUCAAGCCGGAGCCCAUCUGUGACUUUACCCCUGGCUCAGGCUUUUUCCCCUACUGUUCCUUCACCAAUGGCGAGACGUCCCCCACUGUCUCCAUGGCUGAGCUGGAGCAUCUGGCCCAGAACAUUUCCAAGUCCCACAUGGAGACGUGUCAGUACCUGAGAGAAGAGCUUCAGCAGAUGACCUGGCAGGCUUUCCUACAGGAGGAGGUUGAGAGUUACCAGAACAAGCCCAGAGAAGUCAUGUGGCAGCUGUGUGCCAUAAAAAUCACAGAGGCCAUUCAGUACGUGGUGGAGUUUGCCAAGCGCAUCGACGGCUUCAUGGAGCUCUGUCAGAAUGAUCAGAUAGUGCUGCUCAAAGCAGGCUCUUUGGAGGUGGUGUUUGUCAGAAUGUGCCGUGCCUUCGACCCUCAGAACAACACAGUCUAUUUCGAUGGAAAGUACGCUGGGCAUGAUGUGUUUAAAUCAUUAGGCUGCGAUGACUUGAUCAGCUCCGUCUUCGAGUUUGGGAAAAACUUGUGUUCUAUGCAUCUCUCUGAAGACGAGAUCGCCCUGUUCUCAGCCUUCGUGUUGAUGUCGGCAGACCGGUCCUGGCUCCAGGAGAAAGUGAAGGUGGAGAAACUCCAGCAGAAGAUCCAGCUGGCCCUCCAACAUGUUCUCCAGAAGAACCACAGAGAGGAUGGCAUACUGACAAAGUUGAUAUGCAAAGUUUCCACACUGCGUGCUCUGUGCAGCAGGCAUACGGAAAAGCUGACGGCGUUCAAAGCAAUAUACCCAGACAUUGUCCGCGCCCACUUCCCCCCAUUGUACAAGGAGUUGUUCGGAUCAGACUUUGAGCAGUCCAUGCCCGUGGAUGGGUAGCGCUUCCCCGUGCCCGCCCUACCUGGGGGAAUUCACACCGUGGGGAAUGUCAAGCAUAAAUCUAAGACACUUUACCAGUGCCCUGCACAUACACACACACCUGGACGGCCGACACACUGCACACACACACUUUUCCCUUUUUCUCUAUUUUUUUGUUUUUUUUCUUUGUUUGUUUUUUUUUUUUUUUUUUUUAGUUUUUUUCAGGAGGAGGUAAUGGACUGGAUUUGACUCCAGCAGUUUAUUUUUGGGGUUUGUUCCCUCCUUUUACUGACACAGGUGGGAUUUGGAGCCCAUGGGAGUGGAUGAAAAGAUGAAGACACUAAUUUUUCAUACACUCCCUCUCUCUCUCGCUCCCUUUCUCUCUCUUUCUUUGGCUGAACCUGUAAAGUCCAUGCAUACGAUUCGAGAGCGGUCCCAUGGCGAUUUGUCACAAUCAGCAUAAAUUGUUUUGACUUGUUUCCAAAAUGGAAAACAAUUCCCAGAGCGUAUUCUCCUGUAUCCAGCAUUUUAAAUGUUUUUAGUAGCAGCAACAGACCUUACAGCCCUUUUCAAGCCAAGAAAAAUGAAAUAUGUUUUUUUUUUUUUUUACUUAAAAAAUUCAGUGAUGUCUUUAUAAGAAGAACUAUUCCAGUAGUUAUUGUAGCAUCAGAAAAGUUCUACGUAGAAAUUUACUCAGCUUGUGACCCAUACAGUAUGCAUGGUCCAGGCUCAGCCAAUAGCUUUAUUUAAUUUUCUUUAAGUCUUGAUGUCAGACUAUAAACCAGCAGUUAAUGAAAAAGAAUACGAGAUGAGAGUAAUACAGGAGACAAAGGAGAGAAAGAAGGAGAAGUAGUGUGAAGCAGAGCAAGUCAGAAUUUGGUGUCGCAAAGUAGCACCUUUCUACGGACAAUCGUCGAAAAAAAGAAGGCAGAAUUCUGGUAAUUCUAAUUAGAUAAAAUCGCAAAAGGCGCAAUUACUUUUAGCUGUCUGAGACUCCAUCUGCCAUAGUUGCUUAGUGAUAUCAUUUAAGGCCAUCUGCUAUUAAGUCCCUUUUUGGAAUGGUGUUAAUGUAACGCAGUGGUCCGACCACCAACAUCGAUGCAAUGCAAGGGUCCAUUCCACCAGUUUUCUAAUGUAUUACAGGGUAAACACUCAUAAGUACAAAACUAUACAGAAAAAAAAAAUGUUUAUAGAAUCUAUUUUAAAUAACAUGUAUGAUAUUAGUAGCUAGACUAUUCUUAAUUGUGAAAAAAAAAAAAAUGGAUAAGGCACUUUUAUUUGCACCUUUCUUUAAUUUGAGACUUGUAUAUUUAUCUAGUGAAGUGUUGCAUGUAUAAAUACCACGGUUAUGGAGAUUGAGUGCUAGAAAACCCUAACGCUGCUGAGGGUGGGUGUGUGUGUGUGUGUGUGUGUGUGCGUGUGUGCGUUUGUGUAUUUAUUUGUGCGAGCUGGAGGUUGGUGCUGGGCAAAGGCCGAUCACAAGCGUUCCAGGAGGGGACUAUUUUUAAAGCAGCUUCAAUGCUGGAAUACUGUUCCUAGAUCAGCGUUGCGUAUUUGGCACUCAUCAAUGACUAGUGAAUUUUUUGUGCUAAACAUACAGCACCCACAUAAUAGAGAUGCUUUGAUCCAAGCUUUAUCACAAAAAAGGUUUUCAACAUGAUACCGUAAUUCGAAAUGUGCUCUACCAAAUUGUUGGUUCAAGGGUUCAAGCACACCCAGUUUAUGAAAUAAAUACAUUUUUGAAGGGCUGUUUAAUGCAAUUUUUUUAAAGAACCCUUGUUCCUAUAAAACAAAAAAGGUUUGAGAUCUGUUUAUGAAUUGCAGAGAUAUUUCAGUAUGUCAGCCUCUGUUCAAUUGCUCCAUCUAGUGAUGGUGCACCAUAUGACCAUGGUUUGACUAUUUUACACCACUCUGACUGGUUGAUCAGGCAACCACCCGUUCUUAGAUACACACUCUACUCCAUCUGGACCUGGGAUGAAAGUGUCUUUUAUAUGAAUUUUCUUUUUAAACCGGCUCUUGUGAAGGUCUUUGCCCGGCAACAACACUCAUCUGGAACGUAAGAGUGAAAAACAGAAGAAAAGAGAAAUACUCAAAGCCUUGUCUGGUUGAAAUCCUCUAUUUUUGUAAUAUUGUACAGUGCUUAUGAAGCCUAUGAAAGAUAAAAGGGAAAGAACGAAGGAUGAUAAAGCACUUAAUCCUGCAAUAAUUAAUUAGAAUUGGUGUGGUUUUUUUAUGAUUUUUCAAAGAACAAGACAAUGGUACUAAUAGUGCUAUUUUUUGUAAUACCUAAAUGUCAUGUGUUGCGCGUGUUUGUACGUCUCUUGAAUGUGCCAUAGUCAAGGGUGUAGAUUUGGCUUGAACAUUGGGGGGUUGCAGCGUGAAACAUUUACAUAUUUCCAUUGAUCAUGGUAUAAAUAAUGGGGGGGGGGGGUUGUACUUGCUUGGUAACUCCCCCCACAUCCUCCCUGGAAUCUACGCCCCUGGCCAUAGUGGUCUUUCCUGCUUUUUUGAGUCUGAAAUUUUUUUUUGUAACAUUCCAGUAAAACAAUGUUGUGGCUUUUAGAAAGUCCCUAAAUAAUCCAGAAAAAAACGUAAUUGAUAACUUCCACAACCUACUAACAGACAUUUUGACAAACCUUGAACUGAUCUUGGUAGCUUCCUUAUCAUCCAAUGAAAAAUCAGACACUUUCAUUCCGUAAUUACAUGGUUUUUCCUAUGACGCAAAGUAUUAUCCUCAGGGAAGAGUCUGUCUAACUAAAUUCUGAAGCCGGUAGCUUAAACGCGUUAGUCAGCUCUAUGUUAACGUCAAUAAUUUGAUCUCAACAGCAUGAUCAGGGUCAGUACAGUAAAAUCAUUAUAUUUAUGUGUAGUACAUCAGAAUACUAUUGACGAAAUAUUUUUCUUGUUAUUGGUUGUGAAAUGCAUUGAUUGCGUCCCUCAGAAGUUGUGAUUACUACAGUACAUCAUCAAACUGUGAACAACAAUCCAGUUUCAAGUUUAGGUUCUUGUAAAUCAGCAGCGUGUGUGUACAACAAGGCUCAGGGAGAGUAAUAGUGUGAUAAUUGAGAACACUCAAGCAGGGAAUACCGAAGGAUAAUGAGAGAUAUUAACUCCAAACAUUAACGCCUGCAUAGACAGUAUACUGUACAGUAGGUGCACUCUCGAAGACUGUUCCAAACCUUUUUUUUUUUUGUUUGUUUUGUUUUUUUAUAGAGUGCACUUAAUUUAUUUAUAAUCCAAUAAUCAUGAUUUAAUUUCAUUGCAUAACAAAAAGUUACUAAAAACAGUUCAGUCUGAUUAAAGAUAUCUAACCCAAUAUUAGUUUGUGCUAUGUAUUUCUAUGGUUAUUAGAUUAUUGCAUUGUUAGCUUAGCAACAUGCUAACGUGCAAAACACUAUUGGGAAUCAGUUGUUGAGGCUUCACAUAAGGAAACCUAUUUGUGUGAGGUACAGAGUUGCUGCCAAUGUAGAGCGUAGAGCGUUCCAAAUCAGUCACUUAUGAGGUUCCAUUUCCGUCAUGCUCCCUUAGAAGGUAUCUGC